ACACCGCCACAAGUCAAACUCACCCUGCGAGCGGAGGAGAGAGAGAGAGAGAGAGAGAGAGCGGGAUGAUAAACGGAGAGGUGGACGCGGACAGAGAUCCCCGGCGACGCCUGCGGACUACAAUGGAGCGCGUUCAAUAGAGGAUGCGCCGCGUGGUGAUCCGAAAUGCGCGGCGCGUUCCCCGCAGAGGGCUGAGCAUGACAGGGCGUCCGCACAGGACGGGGGAUGAGAUCCACGCUGUUUCGGAGACGCGUUCCCAAGCAGACCGCCUGUGAGCCGCGGGACCCGAGGAGUGCACGGGGCGCGGGCGCGGAAAACGGCCCCGCAGCGCCUGGACUGUGCGGUGUGAAGUGAACGCUUCCUUUUUUUUUUGUCCACGUUUUUUUUUUUCAAUUGGUCGGACGUCCGCGGUCCGCACCAUGAGGGCUGCUACUGCGAACGCCGUCGCGCUGCUCUUCCUCUGCGCCCUCGCGAGCGUUUUCUACGUGUGGAGCGCGCUCGAGAGCCGCUUGGAGCGGCACAAGCGGAGGUUCUCGGCACCGGGCGCCGGCUCCUUCGCCCACGGUCUCCCGGCGGACCUCUCCGCCAAAACUUUCCGGGCUCUGCUCGCCGUCCCGGCGGCACAGAGACCGCACAAAGCCGAGGCACUCAAUCUGACCGAUCACACCGCCUCCGCAGGAAGCCGGGAUUACCAUGAGAAUGGGGAUAACAAGGGGUCAGCGCAGAGGGACGGCCCGGUCAAGUUAGGCUCCCCGCUGGAGGAUGGGAUAUUUUGGAGCGAUUGGCUGGAAGAGCUCCUACCCGAGGGCUUCACGGAGGAAUAUGCCCAGGCGUGGCGAGCCAGAGCCAGGACCUGCCGGAUAGUGAAGCUGGAGCCUGGAUGCGGCAGGAUAUCCAACCAGCUCGCCACGUUCGCAGACGGAACCAGGGCGUGCGUGCGCUACGGAAUAAACGCGGAUCAGGUGCAGGGGGAAACUUUGACGUAUUACCUCGCCGCUUUGCUGGGCGUCACGAACGUGCCGCCGCUGGUUCUGUCCCAGCUCGACGGCGACGGCGAACAGUGGGCGGCCGUGCGCGCGCGCGUGGCCAGUUUACAGUGGAGCGACCGAGCUGUGGUUUCUCUCACCGCGUGGGUCUCCAACCUAACCGGGGCGGUGACGCCCGCGCCGCUCCGGCAGGAGAGCGGCGGGCUGCACCCCGCGCUCGGGGACCUCUGGAACAAGACUACGCGGGAGCUGCUGGAGUUAAUGCAGUGGAGCGACCUGAUUAUUUUUGACUACCUGACGGCAAACUUCGACCGGCUCGUCAGCAACCUGUUCAGCCUGCAGUGGGACUCGCGCGUAAUGGAGCGGGAGACCAACAACCUCCUGAGAACGCCCCGCGGUGACCUUGUGUUCAUCGACAACGAGGCGGGCCUCGUGCACGGCUUUCGGGUGCUGAGCAUGUGGGAGAAGUACCACAACACGGUGCUGAGCUCCGUGUGCGUGUUCAGAAAAAGGACCACGCAGCGCGUGGCGGAGCUGCACCGGCGCAGAGACGCCAGGACGAGGCUGCUGGAGCUCUACAGAGACAGCGAGCCUCUGUCUGUGGAACUGGGGUUCCUCUCGGACGAGCACGCCGGCGUUCUCCAGGAGCGGAUAGACCGAUUAUACAAACACAUUUUGCGCUGCAAGAGCAAAUACGCGCAGCCGUGAGCGUGGAGCGCGCG